AUGAUUUUGAAUGGUCAAGGAUCUCUUCUAUAUAUUGACUCUGACUUAAUUGUUUUGGACAAUACAGAGUUUUUUCAAAAUUCUGCAUUUGUCUUUGAUACUUUAAAGAAAUUCCUUAGAUGGGGCUUGACAGGAGAAAUCUUUUUAGAAGAUUUAUAGAAAUUAUAUAUUAGCACUAGUAGAGGAGGAAAUGGAAAUUUUUAAGCCCGAUAAAUUAUUUUGAACAAGAUUUUAUUAUACAAUUCUAUCUCAAUAUAAGGAGCUGCAUUCGUAAUGAAAAUGAUAGAAGAUGGAAAUAUACAGAUUAAAGAUUCACACUUUUAAAAUUUACAAGCUAAGUUAACCGAAUCUUCAUAAGGAGGAGCCUUUCAUAUCUAAUCUUAAUCAUUAUAUUUACGAAUUGAUGUUAUCAAUACAAUAUUUCUAGAUAUUUCCUCCAGAACAGGAGGUAGUAUAUUUUAUAUAAUACCUUCAACAAAAUUAUUCAAUAUCUCUUUACUUAACUCUACAUUUGAAAACAUUUUUUCAAUUUAAGGAGGUCUAAUAUACAUUGAAAAAUCUAUCCAUUAACUAUAAAUUGUACAGAUGAAUAAAUGUAAUUUAUCAUAAAAUUUGGAUUAAUUUUAUGCAUUCAUCAAUUCAUUACAGGAUGUUACAAAUAAAGAACUGACCACUUUAACAUAAGAGUAUUCACUGAUCCAUUGCUUUGAUUGCUAAUUUUAAAUAAUUGAUCUAUAUGUAACAGACUACCCACCUACACCGUUAUUCUAAUUAUAUGGAAGCGCAAAUCUCAAGAAUAUUUCAUUAUACAAUGUUACUUUUUCUAAUCAAUUAAUGCUAUUUUCUCCAGUAAGAUAGUCUGAUUAAAUAAUUUUUCAUAAUCUAGAUUUUUCCAACUGCACUCAAAUACAAAUUACUGAAAUAAAUAUUCCUUCAAAAAGAAAUGCAAACCUUUUAAAUAAUAGUUUAAGCGCAACUUGUAAUGAAAGUUUAAUAGAUGCUCCUCCAACUAUUAUAAGUUUUAAUGAAAGUUUCUCUAAUAUUAAUCAAAUCGCAUUUUUAGAAACUUUAUUGUCAUAGAUAUAAUCAUCAAUAAUAGCUAUGAUAUUAUUUUAAUUUACAGAUUAAUAUCAAUAACAAAAAAUACAACUUUCUGAUAUUAAUCUCUAAAAUAACAAGUGCAGUAAGUGCUCCUACGGUCUAUUGAAUUUUUAGAAUAGUAAGCAAAUAUCUAUAAUUAUUGGAAAAAUCGCUAUAACUAAUUCGAAUUGCGGGAAAAAUGGUUGUAUUUCUUUCAUAUCAUAAGAUAACCGUCUUCUUUCAAGUCAAGAUUUUAAUAGCUCUUUAGCUAAUUCUACUAUCAGAAUAGAGGAUUUGUAAUGCAUCAACAAUUAAGCUUAAUACGGAGGCUGUUUGUUUAUCUAAAAUUAAAUCAUUUCAAUAAUACAAAGUUUGAUAGCUGGCAAUAAGGCAGUAUAUGGAGGAGCUUUUUUUACAAAAGGGGUUAAUUCAACAUUGAUCUCAGAGAAUUUAGUUAUUACAAAUAAUUCAGCUUAAUUUGGAAGUGGUAUCUAUAGUGAAGACAACUUGAAUAGAAAUGUUAAAGGAAUAGAAAUAAUUGAUAAUUAGGGAUUGAAUCAAAUUGAAGAACACCCUUAGUAACUCUAUCUGUAAAUUAUUAAAGACUAAAUGAUGAAACCAACAAUUAUAUAAAAUUCUAAAAAUGGCCAAAAAUCUUAAAUAAUUGGCAAAGAUGGAUAAAAUACAAUUAUUCAUAUACCUACUGGAAUAUCAUUAUCAGAAUACAGAAAAUUUGAAUAAGAAAAGAAUAGAUACAAUUAUUAAACUAUGCAAAUGAGAUUAUACGCAGUUAAUUCAUAAUUAGAAAUUGUUAGAAAUCUAACAAAUACCUAUUGUGAAUUACAAAUUAAUAAUGUGAAUAGUAGAUUAGAACAAAAUUUAUCUUUAAGUAAAAAUAAAAUUUACUUUAAUUAAUCGACGUUUUCCUACAAUUUAGAUGAUUUAAUCUUUUACAUUCCCUCAGAUUCAAAUUAAACCUUUGAAUUUAAUAUUAAGUGUAACAGUAUUUAUAUUCCAAUAAUAAACAAUAAAAACAAUUUAAUAGAGGGGUAUAAUUAUAUUUUUAAAUUAGAUAUCACUAAAACUAUGUUUUGAGUCUUUUGAUUAAGCCUAACAAGUGUUAAAUGGGAGAGUACAGUUAAUCUAUAGAGGAUUAUUGUCACUAAUGCAUAGUAGAUUAGAAAUAAUACUCCGUAAUUUUAGGAGCUACUAGUUGUCAAAUAGUAGAUGAUUAAAAGAUUUAGGAAAUAACCUAAGCUUAAAUAUACUUAAAAAAAGUAUUCUAAUCUUCUUAUUACAUUUAGGGAUAUUGGAGAAGGAAAGUGACAGCUCCUACUAUAGACUUGUGCUUAAAUAAUCAGCAAAAUUGUAUUGGAGGAUGGGGAGUUGGAAAUGAUUUAUGCUAAUAGGGAUAUAUAGGGGCUCUUUGUGAAUAGUGCGAUUAUUAUAAUGAGAGAGGAGGAGGAAAUUACGAAAGAGAGGGCUUUUUUGAGUGUUAAAUAUGCUAAAAUGAUGACCUACAAUAGCUAUUUAAUUUUGUAAUCACAGUUUUAAUGUAAAAAUGUUAUUAAUUUAAGAUUUGUAUGCCUACUUCUAAUGAUUAAUUAUUUGUCUAAAAAAAGACUUUAAUUUAUUCGUUUAAAUAUUAAGCAGUUUAAAGCACCUUUUCGAUAAAGUUUUUUUAAGUAGGAAGAAGUACUUAUGGGUUAGACCAUAAAAAUUAUAUUGUUCUAUUUUCAAAUUAUCAGUUAUACAUAAGAAUUAUCUUCUGUAUUUUCUGA